AUGGAUAAUAAAAUUUUCAGACUCUCAACUGCUGAAUCUGUUACUGCUUGGGAAAGCUUGUUGCCGUGUCAAUACCAGGAUUUAGUUCCCACAUUGGUCUCUUUCUCUUCCAAGAAAGAUAUUUAUCUUAGUCUAGGCGGAAACCCUAUCCUCAUUGAAGGUGGACGGAAGUAUUUUUGGUUGGAAAAAGCGAGUGGCAAGAAAUGUUACAUGCUAUCACCCAAGGAACUCUACAUUGAAUGGGUUAACACUCCAACUUAUUGGAGUUGGGUUCGUAUACUCGAGGCCAGGUUUGAAAGGGUACCAAAACUUAUUAGUGUUUGUUGGUUUGAAAUCCGCGGCAAGAUUAGUGUGUGCAUGCUUUCACCCAAGACGGACUACAAGGCUUACCUUGUAUACAAAGUACGUAAUGUUUAUGGGUUUGAAUUUUAUCCAGUGAAACUUAGUGUUGGAGUUGUUGGCACUGAAGGUAGUAAAAGAGCUGCCUAUUUGGAACCAGAAAGAGACCGUAUUCCAAUAGAUCUACAACCUACACCUAAUGAUGUUCAGUUCCCAAAGGCUAGAGUAGAUGGGUGGUUAGAGGUUGAGAUGGGUGAGUUCUUCAAUGAGGGAUGCAUGAAUGCUGGGGAAUUGGAAAUGAGUGCUUUGGAGAUUGAGGGUGGUAACUGGAAAGGUGGUCUCAUUUUCCAGGGAAUUGAGAUCAGGGCCAUCGCCUAA